AAGAGGGAGAGGCAGAGGGCGAGAGAUGCUACACCUGGUCACAGUCAGCUGAGGAGAGGAAGAAGAAUCACCUAAAAAGCAAAGAGGAGACAGUUUCUGAGCAUGAUGAGACAGUGUCACAUGUGAGAGAAGCUCUGUUCAGCCAGCUCACUGUGAACAAGGUCAAUCCUCCAGUCUCUGUUGGUGUCAUGGCUGAACCAAGCUGGUGGAGGCUGACCUUCUUGCGCAAAAAGAAGUCUGAAUCCAAGGUUCUGUAUGAGAUCCCAGCGGAGCACGGUAGUAACACCGGGAACAAAGACCACCCGAGCAGUAACCCCUCUCCAGAACUGGACAGCCAGUUAAAUGCCAAACUGGAGAAAAUUGUUGAUAAAUCUGCCACCAAGGGACGCCACGUCAAGGUCUCCAACUCCGGUCGCUACAAAGAGAAGAAGAAGGUCCGCGCCACGCUGGCUGAGAACCCAAAUCUGUUUGCAGACAACAACCUCAGUCAAGAGAAUCAUAAAAAGAAGACUGAGAAAUAGCACAGAAAUGCACAUACUUGAUGAUCAGUGUGUCAUAUCUCACAUGAAAAGCUUCCUAAAAGCUUCAAAGAAGGCUUGAAUGUAUGUAAACACCACCAUGUUGUACUACGUGUACUACUACUUACACAGCUGGGUAAAUACUGCAAAAAAAGACACUUAAAUAAACAACAAGGUGUCUACAGUUAAACAACUGCCCAGCACAGGGAACCAAACACAGCCCUGGACACAUUCUUCUCCACAUUUUAGUGUCUUUUACUUUUAUUUUUACCUUCUUGUGCUCACACUGUUGUUUUAUACUUUCAAACAUGACAUGAAGGAAAAUUUGGGGAAAUCGUGCCUCAUGAUUAAAAUGUAAAAUUAC